AACUUAUAUUUCUUCAUCCUGCAUAUUCUGAUCUAGAACCAGAUAAAACCCUAGACUUUCAAUCCCAUCCACUAAUUUCCCUCAAAAGUGUGGUAUCAAAACUUCCAUAAAUUUUGUGCACGUAAAAGCAACAAAACCUUAAUUCUUGUACCACAUAACAGUCCUCAAAAGCAUGAAAACAGAAUCAAGAGGAAACACUUCAAUUUCUCUACAAGACCCUACCCUCUUCACCGCCCCUCAAAGCUCUCUACCUGGUGCCCUCAGAGGAUGUCUCGGCAGCCUCGACGGAGCUUGCAUAGAGAAGCUUUUACUUCACUGCGCAAGUGCCUUAGAGAGCCACGAUGUGACUUUGGCCCAACAGGUCAUGUGGGUGCUCAACAACGUGGCUUCUUCUCUCGGUGACCCAAAUCAGAGGCUCACCUCGUGGUUUUUAAGGGCACUCAUCUCCAGAGCUUCUAGGGUUUGUCCUACACCGAUGAAUUUCAAUGGCAGCAGUGCCCUUCAACGGAGGUUGAUGUCUGUGACCGAGCUCGCCGGAUAUGUUGAUCUCAUCCCUUGGCACAGGUUUGGGUACUGUGCUUCAAAUAGUGCAAUUUUCAAAGCAGUUGAAGGGUAUUCUAGAGUUCACAUCUUAGAUUUUAGCAUCACUCACUGUAUGCAAUGGCCUACUCUUAUUGAUGCACUGGCCAAGAGGCCUGAAGGGCCUCCAAUGCUCCGAAUCUCUGUACCUUCCUGGAGGCCACCGGUCCCUCCCUUGCUUAAUGUAGGAAGUGAAGAAGUUGGCCAGCGUUUGGCAAAUUUCGCAAAAUUUAAGGAUGUUCCUUUUGACUUCAAUGUGAUUGAAGACCCUUCUUCCCCCACAACUGUUGCAGCUAUUUCUAAAGCAUCUUCAGACUUUCACUUUGAUUUGCUCUUAAGUAAAUUAGACCCUUCUAUUUUGAACUUAAGGGAUGAUGAAGCUUUGGUGAUCAACUGCCAAAAUUGGCUUCGAUAUUUGCCUGAUGAACAAAAUGUUAGUGGGAGUUCUAAUGAAACUUGUAAUUCUCGUGAUGCUUUCCUUGAUGUAAUUAAAGGUCUUAAUCCUCGGAUUAUAACAGUAGUCGACGAGGAUUCAGAUUUGGGUGGAUCAAGCCUCACAUCAAGGAUAACAACUUGCUUCAAUUAUCUAUGGAUACCUUUUGAUGCCUUGGAAACUUUUUUGCCCAAGGAUAGUGACCAAAGGAUGGAAUAUGAGGCUGAUAUUGGUCAUAAAAUCGAAAAUAUUAUUGGGUUUGAAGGUGUUCAAAGGAUAGAGAGGUUAGAGUCUGGAUUCAAGUUUUCUCAAAGGAUGAAAACUGCCGGUUUUACUAAUCUUCCUUUUUGUGAAGAGACUCUUAGGGAAGUGAAGUUCUUGCUAGAUGAGCAUGCUAGCGGUUGGGGAAUGAAGAAAGAUGAGGAUAUGUUGGUGCUAACAUGGAAGGGCCACAACUCAGUCUAUGCCACAGCUUGGGUCCCAUGUGGUUUUGAGGAUUCAGGGGUAUGACUACAAUACCGAAGCCAGAAGUUUCAAGCAAAUAGGUUCAAGUGAUAACUCUUUAAGAUCGAGUUACUUCUCAAAAAAGGUGGAGUAAUAUUCAGUGGGGGUCAACUUAUGUGUCAAAACCUAAAUGUUAAGAUCGACUCCAUUAGGCGUAGGCUCGUCUGAUUAGAUUGUAAUCUCACCCAAUUAUGUAGUAACUUUUGUUACAAUAUCAGAAAUAAUCAUAUAGUGCUGUAGUCUUGCCAGAGGAUUGAGUCCAUGUGCACUCAAGUUGGUCUUAAAAAUGUACAUAGGUAGAUUUGCUAAGCCUACCAUGAAAUGGGUUUUUCAUUCUCUCAGUGGUCCAGAAGGAAGAGCAGAGACAAAAUAGUGUUCCUUUUUUCUCUGUCUAAAGGCUGCAAUGGACAUAAACAAGACAAGAGGGUAAAAGGCAGGAGUCUGAGAAUAAAAUUCAUGCCACCUUUGUUAUUCG